AGAGAGAGAGAGAGCUGUGCGUUAGUGGAGAUAGCAGAUGAGGGUCAUCUAGAAGAUCCACUGUCUCCUCUGAACCCCGCCUGCUACCAGCCGGAAAGGAAUACAAGACUGACUCCCUGCCAUACUUUUAGUCUUCCAGCUUUGUGAGGGGAUAGGGAGGGAUUGGGGAGGAGGAGGAACCAGGAUAGGGAGAGACAGGUAGGCCUUGGUGGUGUCCUUUACUCUGUCCUCAUUAGAAACAUAGGUUAGGGAUUGGGGGAUUCUCGGAAGGAAGCAGAAGGCACGCCCAUACCCUAUUUGGGGUGCCUCAUUUCAGCAUGCUUACUGGCUCUGACUGGCUCUGAGGGGGUGGAUUCAAGGCUAGCCUGGGCCUGGGAAGGUAGCUGUGGCUGCUGUUCCUGCUGCAGCUGCUGCUGCUGCUGCUGGCCAGACCCGGAAGGAAGGAAAGGACCUAGGGCACUCCCCCAGUGAACACAUGGCCACAGGCCACCUGUAUGGCCGGCUGUUGUUCAGUGGCCAGCAGCCCAGGCAAUCCUCAGAUGCUGGGCCAGAGGAAACCAGGAUCUGAAUGACAGGGAGGGGCGUGAGAAGGAGGGGGCUCUCUCCACCCUUCAUUAUAACCGCUGCCCUGAGGACUCUCCACUCUGAAGACUUCAGCUUUGAUGACCUUGUGUCCUGCUUUGGGUGUGAACCCGGUGUCUCCCACUUUGUGGAAGGGAAGUUCGCACUCAUAAGCUGCGAAGAGGCAAACCCUCCAGGUUUGAGACAUCUGUUUCUGCCUGAAGUCUAAACUCUAAGGCAGACCAAGGUGCUCUGUGAGAAUUUCCCGCCGCCGUACUUCCUGAGGCUUACUCAGCCUCACCACCAUGAGCGAGGCAUUUGACUGUGCAAAGUGCAGCGAGUCCUUGUACGGCCGCAAAUACAUCCAGACGGACAGCGGGCCCUACUGCGUUCCCUGCUAUGAUAACACCUUCGCCAACACCUGUGCCGAAUGCCAGCAGCUCAUCGGGCACGACUCAAGGGAACUGUUCUAUGAGGAUCGCCACUUCCACGAGGGCUGCUUCCGGUGCUGCCGCUGCCAGCGCUCCCUCGCUGAUGAGCCCUUCACCUGCCAGGACAGUGAGCUUCUCUGUAAUGAGUGCUACUGCACAGCUUUCUCCUCACAGUGCUCCGCCUGUGGGGAGACCGUCAUGCCUGGGUCCCGGAAGCUGGAGUACGGAGGCCAGACGUGGCAUGAGCAUUGUUUUCUGUGCAGUGGGUGUGAGCAGCCUCUAGGCUCCCGCUCCUUCGUGCCCGACAAGGGCGCUCACUACUGCGUGCCUUGCUAUGAGAACAAGUUUGCUCCUCGGUGUGCCCGCUGCAGCAAGACGCUGACCCAGGGUGGAGUGACAUACCGAGAUCAACCCUGGCAUCGAGAAUGCCUGGUCUGUACUGGGUGCAAGACACCCCUGGCGGGACAGCAGUUCACAUCUCGGGAUGAUGAUCCCUACUGUGUGGCCUGUUUUGGAGAACUCUUUGCGCCCAAGUGCAGCAGCUGCAAACGCCCCAUCACAGGUGGGAGCAGUGGCGAGGCUGCAGGACUCGGUGGAGGCAAGUAUGUGUCCUUCGAAGACCGACAUUGGCACCACAGCUGCUUCUCCUGUGCCCGCUGCUCUACCUCCCUGGUGGGCCAAGGCUUCGUACCAGACGGAGAUCAAGUUCUGUGCCAGGGUUGCAGCCAAGCAGGGCUUUGAGCCAAGGCACCUGACUCUCUCCUUACCCAAACCAAGGGUUCAAGACUAUGGCUCCUUUUCUGAACCACUUCUGGGACCCAGCCCCUCCUUAGAAUGGGACUCCACCUGCCCCUGUGCCGUGGGGGUGGAGGGGUGGGAGGGACUUCAGGAUUCGGUCUCCUAAUUCCAUCAUACCCAACUGGUAGUCUCUAAUCCAGGCUCCCAAACCUGGGCUCUUGUGGAACACCUAUGACUUAAACUCUCUCUCCAAGUCUGGACUCCAGAAAUGAGUCCUCCCCCUCUACUCUUUUUGGGUUCCCAGAUCUAGCUUCUUCCCCAGAUCAAGACUCUAAAUACACCAGUCCCCCCAAACCUGGACUCUGGGGCCUAGGCCUCCUUAAAUCUAAACUUAUCUGAUAGAUUUAUAGGUUUCUUGAGAAGUUCUCAAAGAUAGAUUGCACCCCAGUUUGACCUCAUCCCCAUCCCACCCCUAUCUCUGGGCUGAUUGAAACCCUCUGGAUAGCAGAUUUGGAGCUCCCUGGUUAGAGGGUCAUAAGGUACAGGGUGCUGUCCAGCCUAUGAGUACCAUUUUAUUUCGGCUCCAUGUUGCCCAGAGACAGGCAGGAGGGGCUGGCUGGCCCCACUUCCAGAUUCUGCAAUAAAACAGUGUGAGGGAGCA